GUACAAGCAGCGCCGCCUGGCGGGGGCUGAGGAGUGGGUCGGCGGCACCAAGCAGUGGAUCUCGGUGAGAGCAGAAAUCCUCACCACCUUCGCCCUCUGCGGGUUUGCCAACUUCAGCUCCAUCGGGAUCAUGCUGGGGGGCCUGACCUCCCUGGCCCCCCGGCGCAGGGGCGACUUCUCCCAGAUCGUGCUGCGGGCGCUGCUCACGGGGGCCUGCGUGUCUCUGGUGAAUGCCUGCGUGGCAGGGGUCCUGUACGUGCCCAGGGGGCCAGAGGUGGACUGUGCGUCCCUCCUCAACAGCACCCUCAGCAGCAGCAGCUUCGAGGUGUAUCAGUGCUGCCGUGAGGCCUUCCAGAGCCUGGAGCUCGGCCCUGCGCUGGGCCCACAGGCUCUGAGCAACUGCUGCCGCUUCUACAACCACACGGCCUGCGCCUAGCGAGGGGCGCCCUCCGCACGCCUGUCCUCACCCUCCCUGCGCCCCUCCUCCAGGAGACCCCCCCCCCUUCACCUGCCCCCCCACCAGUGGGAAGGGUGUGGGGCAAGUGGGGGCAGAGGCCCUCUCCUGCCCCGUCUCCAGCAGCUCCUGGUCACACCCGACGCCUCCUCUCCCCUCUCUCCCCCGCACUCCUGGACCUCUGCCCUAGGAUGCCCCCCCCCCCAGGCUUCCCAAGCAGGGUCCCGGGAACACUGGGAGCACCGUCCAGCAGUGCAGGGCUCCGAGGCCCGAGGCCCGCUCUGUUCAGGAAGUGCCGGGCUAAAUAAAGUGA